AUCAACCGCUAGUCUGAAUUCUCGUGUUAAAAUUCAAGGUCAGGAUGAAAUCUGUUCCCCGUCGGAUUAGUUGAGGAUAAACUCGUAGGAAUCUCUUGAAGUCUCUGUCUGGCAUUUUGUGAUUUACUUUCUGGAUGCAAAAAAUCAGUUUUGUGGGUGCAGUAAGUUAAGAUAAAGUUCAGCACGCCUCUAAAAUCAAUACUAACGGUUUGUCCUGUAAAUGUGUAGACUGUUGCUUACAGAAUCGAUGAAGGGAAGAUUCCACUGUGAUUUAAAGAAAAUAUUUUCUGAUAAUUUUCACCAUGCCACAUUACCUUGUGAUGAAUAAACAAUGCCCAUUUUCAUUCAGAAAAUAGAGCUAUUGUUAAGGGAGAAUGAAAGCGCUGCACAGAGUUUUACAGAUACAACAAAACCAAAACAUUUUGAAACCUAAGUAAAUCCAUGAUGCUGUAAUAGUUAAAAUGUGAUUCCCUCCAAUUGUUCCGUGUCAUUUUUCUUUAGAGCUCUAGACAUACCAUCACUGUUGUUUAUGCAGUUGUAAGUGGUAAAAUUAUUGUUGAAGCAUAUAUACUUUAUAUAUAUAUAUAUAUAUAUAUUGUUAUAUUAAAUGUGCUUAUGCCAGUUCCAUUACGUCCAGUGUUAAUGUUUGCAUAGUUUAGUGCUUAACUGAAGUGUUAUAGAGUAACAAUCAGCAUUUUGCUCAACCAAAUAUAUAGGUGUAUUAUUGUUGCAAAGGCCUCAGUAGAUGCAACGAAAUUUGUGUUGUAGAAUUAAAAUUGUGACUGAACAAUCAGUUGAAUUUUGCUAAAAAGAAUAAUGAAUAAUAAACAAUUAAAUUAUACUGCUAUUUAUUUUCUUCCUCCUGUAAAGUUUUGACGUCCACUGUUACACUAGUUACAGACCAGUCAUGGGAAAUGGGAUGAAUAAAGUUCUUCCUGGUCUUUAUGUUGGCAACUUCAGGGAUGCAAAAGACCAGGAACAGCUCCGAGCCAAUAAUAUCACCCAUAUAAUAUCCAUCCAUGAUAAUGCAAAAAAAGUUCAUGAUGAUAAAGAAUAUCUAUGCAUCCAAGCUGCAGAUACUCCAGGUCAGAAUCUUACUCAAUUUUUUUCACGAUGCAAUGACUUCAUCCAUAGAGCUCGUUCUUCGGGGGGAGGGGUGCUGAUACAUUGUCUGGCCGGUGUGUCCCGAAGUGUCACAAUAGCAGCAGCUUACCUAAUGUCUGUUACAUCACUGUCGUGCAAAGAUUCUCUAAAAGUGUUACGAGGAGCCAGGAGCAUAGCCAAUCCCAAUUGUGGAUUUCAAAAGCAAUUGCACCAAUUUGAGUUUCGGAGAUUAACUGAGGAGAGGCGUCGUCUUAGGGAGCGUUAUCCGAAACAGACGUUCCAGGUAGACGAAGUGGAGUGCAAGAAACUUCUUGUUAUAUACCAUGCUACAACAAAAUCUAAAGAACCAUGUGGUGGUAUCUGCAGAAGGUAUGGCCCUCCCCCCUCACCAAAACGUCAGUCUCCAAAUCGGGAUAGCCCCAGGUCCUCGUGACAACUGUUGCUGCCUGAAAAGGCAACUUAUUUGAAGUGAUGUAAAUGUCUCAAUUUAUAUUCUGUAAAUUAUUAUGUAGAGUGCUCAAAAUUAGUUUCUCCACUCUGAAAGUAGAUCCUGUGUUUUUAAAUGCAUUUAAAAUCUGAAUAAAUAAAAAAUAUUCAUACGUAAUUGAAUAACUGUAUAAGGUCUUUUACAUAAGCAUUUUGAAAUAACAAUUGUGCAGAUUUCCUGUUUAUUAUUAUAGUUACAACUAGUAAUUGGAAGCUGAAAUAUUUUUCUUUCUUCUGAUCGAACUUAAAUAUGAAUAUGGAUUAAUUCAAAUCUGUUUUUAGCAUUUAUAAGUCUUUCAAUGUGUAACUUUAAUAGCCAUUGUUAUUAAUUUUCAGAUAAAGUGAUCUUUUGAAAGUACAUGCCUCAGAAACUAUUAAAAGUGUAUGUUUGUUACCAUGUUAACAGUAAUAAUACUUUAAAUGUGUUUUUUAAAAAAAAAAACUUUAAAAAAAGUAAGAAAUUUUUUUUAUACUAUAAAGAAAAAAAAAAUGAAAAAUCGUUGUUUUUAGCAAUGAUUUUCCUUAAAAUUCCAUAAAAUCCAUUCCUGACUAGCUAAUUGUUUUGUACUCACAUGUUAUGGGAAUAGAUAUUUAAAAUGAGAAUGUAAUGUUAUAUUUAGUAUAAUAAAGUACUUUCUAAAAUGCAAGUAAAAUUAACAAAAUAUUUAUAGCAUGAGAAAUUUUUGUAGGUUAUUGCUGCAUUUUUUAUGAAGUAAUAAUUGGCAUUUAUACUUUAAAAUUGAAUCUUAUAUAACAUUCGGACUAAUGCACAUUUAAAAAGCAAAAUCUAUAAAACAGGAACAGUCUUUCAGGUUGGAUUACUAGUUGAAAUAUAUGUAUAAAUUAGUAUGUUUUAUUAAUUCUAUGCAUUUUUAAGAUUUAUAUCACUAUUUACAGAUUGUAUGUUGUAAUUAACAACAUUAUUUAUCUUAUUUUAGACAGUGGCUCUCAAAUGCCUUAAUUAAAACUCUUAUAAGGAGGAUGAACUGUAAAAUGAUUUAAAUCUGUCCAGUUGUUUUCAUUAGUGGUCUGUAAAUGUUUUAACAUAUACAAGAUAAUAGUAGCUGCAAAAUGAAUUGAAAUUUUGGUAUUUCAGUAAGAGGAAGGAAAAAUUUGUUUAUUCCUUCAAGAAUUUUAAGUUAGAAGAUUAUUCAGUGAAUGAUAAAUAUUAUUCCAGAGCAUAUUAUUUGAGAGCUACUGUGACAGAAUGAACUUUUCAUUCUAUUCAAUUUAGGUGUGAAAAAAUAUUGAAUGUGCUUGUGUCCAUUGUGAUAUCUGCACUUUUUAUGCUAUUUAUGUUAUGUAGGCUCAUAGAGCUCAUGUUUCCUAUUAAGUGAUAAAAUGGAAUGGUUAAAUGAAUCAGGAAUUGCAACUAUAGUUUGAAUAUUUUUUAAAUUGCCUGCACUUUGAGGCAUAGAAAUGUUAGCAAAUGGAUGAAAUGAAUGUUGAUUACAGUGAAGUCGUUGCACAAUAGAAACGGAAUAUUUUUCUACAAAACUUUUUGUAAAUGUUGGUUUAAGGGUAUGUGGUUUUGAAUUCUAUUUGCCAUUUUAAUGUUAAAUAAUUCAUUCAAAAUCUUUUGCCUUUUCCCCCGUACUGAAGUGGAUUUGAAGGAUAUAAUUAUAUAAUUAACUAAUCAGGAAAAAAUUUUGAAAUAAUAAAUAGUUCUACAUAACACGCAUUUGGAUUCUUUUUUGAUAUAGAGAAAAUUGUACAUAUUUGUUCAAACUAUGUUUUUUUUUUUUUUUUUUUUUUUUUUUUUUUUUUUUUACAUUUAUGGUCAGUACAAGAAAUCAAAACUUGCAGUGCAGCAUCAUACAAAACUUGCAAGUAAUAAACACUCUUAGAAAAUUAAAUUGCCAACUAAUCAGAUUUUCCUGUGUAAAUUCUUUAUAAAUAUAUACAGAAUAUUUCCUUCUGUUCAAGGAGUAAAAAUCCCAUUUAAUAAGCUUCAACUGAGAAUCUACUAUAGAUUAUCAAGUUUCCUUUGUUAUCUUCCUCCUCCAUCCUGCAGUAAUAAAAUUUAACUUUUUUCAUCAAAGUUUUAUUUUAAUGAUUUACUGGGCAAAGAAUGCAAAUGAAAUAUCUGCAAGCCAUUGUUGGCCUGAUGUAAUGUUGUAAAUGAGAGAUUUUAAACUUAAUGAAUUGCAAGAUAUCAUUUGCUUGAUAUCUAAUAUUCUAUUAUAGUGGUUUUCCAAAACAGUUGUGCUUUGCUAUUACCCUUUGCUUGUAUAUAGUAGUUUUAAUGAAUUAAAAGUGCCUUUUAUGCAUAUAGUUUAUCCAUAACAUGCAGCUGUUGUCUAGCCAAUAACACUUUAAAAUGGGUAUUUAUGGAACAAACAUCGAAAUUAUACCUAUUAACAGGUUGUAAUUUCCAAAUUCCUUCAAUUUCUAAAUUAACUAUUUCAUUACAAAUCCUAAAUAAUUUUAUUUAAAAAAUAUUUGUUAGUACACGUAUUUAUUUUUAAAAAAUUGUUCCUUGUAAUAAAAGAGCAAAAAGUACCAAAAUAUUUGUUAGUAGUACAUACUGAUGAAAAAUUUAACUAAAAAACACUAACUUAAUAGCAUCUGUCUAUAUUUCCAUAAGCUUAUAUUAAUUUUAUCUAAAAUAAUGUGUUUUGUGUGACCUUGUUAACUUUAAGAAAAAGAAAUCUGUGCAGGAUAAGAAGAAUCUUUACAAAUUGAUUUUUGCUACUAAUGAAGAGCAUUUCUUCAUUAGUAGCAAAAAUCCUAAGAUCCUAAGGGAUGAAAGAUAAAAAUUAUGACUUCAUUUUUUGAAGUAUGUGUAGUUUUUAUGGUAAAAUUUAAGUCAUUAUUAACAUUCAUACUAUAAUUUAACAUAUCCCUCUCAGUGAUGAGUUUUUAAUUUGAUACUUGUCUGACAAAUCAGCUAAAUGUCAUUUUGAAAUUGCAGUUAUAAUACUAAACUGUUAUGGCCAAUAUAUUGUUUAUAUAUUAAUUCUGCAUUUAAUACACAAAAUUCAUGUAUCAUAGUUGCCAGUUCUCCCAGUUUUGCAUCACAUCUUGCAAUACUUCAAUCUCGGUUUUUAGUCUUUUAGUAAGAAAAACUGCUAAAAAUGUUUCCUAGAAAUAAAUUAAAUUUAUUGGAUUAAUAAAACUUAAAUUGUGCAAAACCCUUUUCCCUAUAAUUUCAAUAUUUCUCCUAGUAAAUUUUCUUUGAUCUAAAUUGUCCCAAUAUAUUGUAUACAUUUGCAGAAGAUUUUUUAAAGAUUCAACCAAUAUUAAAGUUAAUAUUUGUAUUUAAUUUUAUUUUACAUCAAUAUAUGGUAAAUUGUGUAUUCAUUUUACAUUCACCAUACAUUGAUAUUUUUUUUUCCCCUUUUAUUAUGAAAAUGUUUAAAGAUUACAAAAUGAUGCUACACAAUGACUAUAAAAUUUAGAAUAAACUAAAUUCAGAGGUGCAACGGCCUUAGUGGGCCACAGCCUGCAGUGCACUUUUUUUUUUUUUUUCUUUCUUUGUUGACCUUUGCUUGAUAUUGGAGUGCAUCAGCAUAUGCCCUAGACAAGUGGUCAGCUUGUUGCAGGACCCCUGGUGUUUAGUCUCCAAGCAAACUUGGUACACAUUUUAUCGACCCACCUAAGGGAUAAAAGUCUGAGUCAACCUUGCCCAGCCCGAGGAUCGAACUCUGAACCUGUGGUGCAGCUGCGCGAUGUGCUAGCCACUUCACCACAGGGCUUCAUAAAAUUUAGAAUAUAUAAUUAAAUAUUAAUAUAUUUUCCUCAGAAGCAUAUUAUAAAUAGUUUAGUAACCGGAAUCAUACAUUAUAAAGUCAAUUUAAAUCAGUUUUUUUUUUUAAUCAUGUCACCAUUCAGUGUGAAAAUCUGUCAGUUUUUCAUAUUUCAAGGUUGGCAGCUAUGGUGUGUGUGUGUGUAUAUAUAUCUACUAUAUAUAUAUAUAUUUAGUAAUUGAUAAUCAAGUGAGUCUUUGAUUCUGAUAAGAACUGGACAUAUUGAGCCUAUUUCUUGUCAGGAGUGAAAGAGUUAAAAGAGAAAGUAAAAUAAAAGUAAUACAAAUAAGUAGAAAUCUAACUAUUAAAACUUCAAAAAGGGGGGCGACAUUUAAAAAGAAGCAAGAAACUGAAUUAAAAUAUUUAGAUAUUAAGAACUGAAACAUAAAAUACUAAGAUAUGAAGGAAUUUUUAUUAAAUUAUUCAGAAUUUCAUAAUACUAACUUUGAAAGUAUUGUUAAAUGAACCUAAGCAGGCAGUUAUAUAUUAGAAAAAUUUAAUUUGUAAUUUUUCAUUUAGGUUUCAUCACUUUAUUCAGAUCACUGUCUUAUUGAGUGUUAUUACUAAGUUUUCUAAAGAUAUUAAACAAAAUGCCUUCACUGAGAUAUAAUGUUGCAUUUAAUUUUGUAUUCUUGUAAUGAAAAUGACCUAAUGCAUAUGCUAAUAAAUAGAUUGCAUUAACUUAUGUCUGCAAACUUUAUUGGCAAACUUUAUUAAUCUGUGGAUCUCUUCGAUUUGUAUAUUAUUCAGAUUUGAUAAACUAUGAAAGUGCCUUGGCAUAGUUUAAAUGUUUAUUAAUUGGUGAGCUUCUGGUCACAUUUGCAAAGUAUUCAAAGAAAAAUCGUCUGUGAAAUAUGGUUCUUCUAUACAGUGUUUUGUUUCUGUUUUAAAUAUAAUCUUCCUAGAUAAAGUUACACUCAAUCCUCAGUUUAAUAUUGGAUGAUUCAUUAUUGCAUUCAUUUGGAAUAUUCAAUAGAAAUAUUGUAAGAAGGCAAGGUUAUUAAGUAAAACAAAAUUUAAUAAGUUCAAUUUUUAAAAUAGAUGCUGAUAAAACCCAGUGAUAUUAAGUAAUACUAAGAAGCUGUGCUGAUUUAAAGGUGCAGUGAGAGAAAAUUAAGGACAUAUUUUUCUCUCCUUUAAUUUUAUUGGGAUAUUUUACGCUUCAGAGAAGUUUACAUAGAAAUAAUAUAUGUGAAAAGUAAUUUGUCACUUUUUAGCACAGAAAAGUAUUCUAUUAUUUUAGAAUUUUUUUUAAUAGUAAAUAAAGUUCUUUUUAUGCAUGAUUAAUCAAUUGAGGAUUGAGUGUUAUUUAGGAUCUGAUGUUUGCAACUUAUAAGUUGACCAUUUAAUGUUUACACAGCUAUUCUUUACCUCUGCUUAAAUGUUUAAUAAAAUAUUAAACUAAAUGUUAUAUUAAUGAGAACAAAAUGCAAUAAAUUCAAUAGUAGCUUCAGAUGGAUGUAAGUACCAGAAUAGAAAACUGUAAAGCACAGAGUAGAUUAAAAGUUAAAUCUCAGAUUUCUUGAAUGCAUACUCUUAGAUGAUGGCUUACACUCAUCAGUGUAUAAAAUAGAUUACACAUUUAAGAAUUAUCAGUAAUUGUUGUUAUUAGAAUUAGACUAUCUGCUGAGGAAAUAUUUUCAUUUAGUGAUAGCUAAAUAAAUAUUCUAAAAAAUUUUUAAGAACUAA